AUGAGUGAGCAAUCCGCGCUCCUUUUGAAAAAGCAGCUGGCUGGUAAGAGUUUUUCGUUUUUUUAUACUGACAAUUUAAUAGAUAGGUUGAAUGAUAGAAAAUGUUUUCUCAUUAUAUAAAGCUUGCAUCGAACGAAAGACCAGACUGCAAAAUGAGCAACAUCUCGGAGAACAUUUUUAUUUUCAAAUUCAAUUUCGUGAAAAAAUAUUAAUCCGAGUUGUUGAUUACUUCCCCGCGCCGGCUUGUUGUUUAAAACAAGCACCUAAUCAGACACCUGGAAAAUUGUUAAGAGCUUCGCCGUGUUCCCGUGGACGGUUUUUCUGCUGGACUGGUGAAUGAUGACGACAUUUACAAAUGGGAGGUUCUCGUUAUUGGUCCGCCUGAUACUCUUUAGUAAGUUUCUUUUUGUUCCGGAAAAGUCGUUUUUCGACAAAUUUUUCUUGUUCAUUUGAUUGAAAGUUUAAUGUAUCAACUUUCAGCGAAGGUGGCUUUUUCAAAGCUGUGUUAGAAUUCCCGAAAGAAUAUCCGCAAAAGCCGCCAAAGAUGAAGUUUAUUUCUGAUAUAUGGCAUCCUAAUAGUAUGUUUCAACUCUUGUUCUCGAAGAAAUCACACUUUUCAGUUGAUAAAGAAGGCAACGUGUGCAUCUCCAUUCUUCACGAUCCAGGAGAUGACAAGUAGGUUUUGGCGAUGGUGUCAAAAUUUUCAAAAGGAAAAGGGUAGUUUAACAUAUUCUAAGAGCGAAAAGAAAUGGAAGUUAAAAUUUACCCCGACAACCAUCCAGUUUUGUUUCUCCCUUUAAUAAAUAUCUUUCACAGAUGGGGAUACGAGCGACCAGAAGAACGUUGGCUGCCUGUGCACACAGUUGAAACCAUUCUGUUGUCGGUCAUCUCGAUGCUAACGGAUCCCAAUUUUGAAUCGCCCGCCAACGUCGAUGCAGCGGUAAAUGUUUCUCUCGUGUUCGUCAAAUUGAAUCGGCAUCAUUCCAGAAAAUGCAACGAGAGAACUUUUCGGAUUUCAAGAAACGGGUCGCUCAGUGCGUGCGGAAAAGCCAAGAGGAAUGA